GCCAUCUUGGCUCCGGAGAAACAAUAGAGCCGGAGCCGCCACCGGGGACCGCACGGGCCUGAGCCGCAGAACUUCUUGACUGCAAUCGGUAGCUUUGGAGGCACAGAAUUGGGGAUCCGUCUGCUUUUGAGCUGCCUUUCUUCACACUGCCGCAUUGUUCUGUCUAAUGUGUUACAAGGAUGAGCCCAGCAUUCGGAGCUAUGGAAGUGGAGCACUAUGCCAAGGGAGUUCUGCUGGAACCUUUUGUUCACCAGGUGGGAGGUCACUCCUGUGUCCUCCGGUUUAAUGAAUCAACCAUCUGUAAGCCCCUCAUCCAGAGGGAACACCAGUUCUAUGAAACCCUCCCGACAGAAAUGCGUAAAUUUACUCCCCAGUAUAAAGGUAAGGAUUCAGUUCAUGAAAGGUGUUGGCUUUCCAUUUUGUGCCUCAUUCUGCUGUUGUCUUAUCCUCCUUAAAGCCUCCUCAGCCUGGAGGAGGUUUUAGGGGGUUUCUCUUCCCAUAUUUUGCUGUUGCUAGAGCCGGGCUGUGGUGAUGCAAGGGUGGACAUGGCUUGCUAACAGCAUUAGAGCUGAGCAGUUCUGUUGGGUAGUCAUAUCUUCCUUAGGCGGGGCCAGGUAAGUAUUUGCUGGGAAAUGUUCCCAGUCAUAGACUGCUUUUAUUUGACUCUCAGAGUUUGUUCUUUCUACUUUCCCUCUCCCUACUCCCUUUUCCAAGUAUUGGGUAAGAUUGCUUAAUUGUUUUGUUGUGGAGGGUUGGGGGAGGGUUGGCUUGUUUCUGUCUGGUGUUGUUAGAAGCUGAGCCUCUGUUUUAUAUUCUGGGAUUCUUUGUAACUGUAUCUUAAAUACUUUAUCACAGUGUUGGGAAUAACAGGGAAGAUUUUGAAAGUAUUUUUUUCUUAAAUAUUAACAGCCUGUAUUUGCCCUUGAGAUUCAAAUUCGACAAUGCUAGGUUGGCAAGGAUCAAUAGAAAUUGGGCUAAGGCUGAGUCAGAGGAGUGUGGAAGUGGAAAUUCCCAUUCUGCAAGGUGUGAGCUAGAUAGCUAUAGCCUGCUGCAGUUCCUAAAUAUUCCAGAAGCUGCUAUCUAGAGGCACUCCAUUGAAUCAGACACACUCAGUUGUUCCUUCAUUUUUAUAAAGCGUUACUUUGGUGACUUUAAUAGUUGCCAGUAUUGUAUGACCUUUUAGAAAGCAUCAUUUGUAAAUGCAGGAGGAGUAUGCUGAAAUGACCAAAAUUUAUGUUCUCUUGUGUAUGAAAGACAUUGGAACACCUCAGUCUUCUGGAGAUGUUGAAAAUGUUGCUCUUAAAAGCAAAAAUGUACUAGACAUUUGUACUACGAUGUGUAAAUGAUGGUUCUUUUUCAGUGAAGGGGAAGGAUUAGGGGACUUCACUUGGUCCUUCCUUUUGUGUUGUUUUUUUCCAGGACAAAGCCAAAGGCCUAUGUUAGCUGGCUCUUCCCUGCCCGGCCCUUUCCCUCUGUAGUUCUUUCUUAUGUGGCAGCAAGACUGUCAGGCCAGGAUUCUGAACUCCCCACCCCAGCUAAUCCCUAACCCAGGUCCCUGAGUCGCCUGCCCACCUCAGAAGUCUCUCCCUGAGAACUCUUUCCCCUCCGGCCAAUUGAGAGCACACGGCAAGGACUGAGCAGAUUGAGUCAUUGAUGGGGGGCAAAGAGAGAGGACUGUGAGAAAAAGCAUUCAGCCAGUUGUAACGACGCUCACUCUUCGGUAACUGCUGAAACUUUCUCAUCGGGCACUGAGGGCAGCCUUGUCAGCACUUUGCUCAAAGACUUAUGACCCCCCUCCCCUUGCAGUGCUCUAGAGACUCAGAGGAGAAAAAAAUGCUUUCACCAUGUUUCUGUGUAUCCCAAUACAAUUUGCUGUGUAUUGCAUUUUGUUCUUUAUUUCAUGGGACUUCAACUUCAAUAAAAUCAGUCAUUGCUGGACAAAAAAGCUUGUCCAGUUCGCCGUAGACAUAGGGUGCCCAAAGAUUCUCAGGGCAGCCUUUGCAGAGGAGGAUCUGUUGUACUGUGUAAUUUGUUUCCAAUCACCCACCCCUUUGUUUUGCUCUUGUAAGUCUUUGCUUCUCUCCAAAGCUCUUUAACCCUCAGUCGAAUCUGUGUCCUGGUCGACGCUUUGGGCUUUGCUGUAAUGCAAAACUUAAAGCUUUUGUUGUUUCUCAACAGGAUACUUAUUUUUUCCAUAACAGGAUAUAAAUAAAAUAAUAAAAAUGUUUUUACAUCUUGCCAAGGGUUAGACCAGUCACUUUUUUCUUCUUUAAAUUAAUAAACAUUUUCAAUAAUGUAAAAAUGUCUCCUGUUAUUAUUUGGUCCUAUAUUGUUCAUCAGCAAGAAAAGACUGAUCCAAUGUUUGGUCCAUGAUAAAUUGUCUUCUCUGUGAGGUGUCAUUUUGUCAAGAUGUUUUGAUAUUUGUUAGGUUGGCAGAUGAGUUUUGGGCCUCUGGCAACAUAGAAACUAAGGAACAGGGUAAGAAAAAAAAAAACAAAACGUUAAACUCAUGUUGUACGAAGUGUGUUUUUUCCUAUUAUGUUAAAUUGUUUUCUUCUCCUCCUCCUCCCCCCAUAGGUGUUGUAUCAGUAAGCUUUGAAGAGGAUGAAGAUGGAAACUUAUGUUUAAUAGCAUAUCCAUUAAAAGGGGACCAUGGUAAUUUAGACAGUAUAGAUAAUUCAGACUGCGAACCCAAAAAUAAGCUCUUAAGGUGGGCUAACAAAAAGACUCAUUUACUAGAAACGGAGAAGAUCACCAAGGAGUGGGUCCGACAGCACAGAAAAGAGGAAAAAAUUAAAAGUCAUAAGUUAGAAGAAGAAUUUGAGUGGUUAAAAAGCUCAGAAGUGCUAUACUACAGUUUAGAGAAAAAGGGGAAUGUGAGCUCACAGAUGAAACACCAUAACCCUUGGAGUAUGAAAUGUCACCAGCAGCAGCUACAGCGCAUGAAAGAAAAUGCCAAACAUCGGAACCAACACAAAUUUAUCUUACUGGAAAAUUUAACCUCUCGCUACCAAGUACCCUGUGUCCUGGACCUGAAGAUGGGAACCCGGCAACACGGAGAUGAUGCAUCAGAGGAGAAGAAAGCUAACCAGAUCCGGAAAUGCCAGCAGAGCACGUCUGCAGUCAUCGGGGUCCGUGUAUGUGGGAUGCAGGUCUACCAGACAGGGAGUGGCCAGCUCAUGUUCAUGAACAAAUACCACGGGAGAAAGCUCUCUGUCCAGGGGUUCAAGGAAGCCCUCUACCAGUUUUUUCAUAAUGGCAGGUACCUACGCCGAGAACUCUUUGAGCCUAUCAUAAAGAAACUGACGGAGCUGAAAUCAGUGUUAGAAGCCCAGGAGUCCUACCGAUUCUACUCCAGCUCACUGCUUAUCAUCUAUGAUGGCAAGGAGCUGCCAGAGGUGGCUGUGGACUCAGAUCCCGAGGACCUGGAGGAUCUGUCUGAGGAAUCAUCAGAUGAAUCAGCAGGAGCCUAUGCCUACAAACCAGCCAUCAGCACGGUGGAUAUCCGCAUGAUAGACUUUGCCCAUACUACCUGCAGGCACUAUGGAGAGGACAGCAUUGUGCAUGAAGGCCAGGACACAGGCUACAUUUUUGGACUUCAAAGCUUAAUAGAUAUUAUUACAGAAAUAAGUGAUGAGAGUGGGGAAUAAACCAUUUGAACGCAUACCUGUUUGCAGAGAGCACUGUUGCGACUCUUUGUAUUCCAGAGUAUUGGCUGCUCUGGGUUGGGGAGGAGCCCCAGGGAGUAUAGGGGAGGGGCCACUGGAGCUCACAAACCUUGGAGUCUUUAUUUAUUUUACCUAUUUCUUAAACAUUCCAUAUUUGAUGAUGCAGAUACCUCUUUUCUUCCCUGUGUGUAUAUGUUCCAAUAAAACAUUUUUGUUCAUUGUAAA